AUGAAUGCAAAUGCUAAGAGUGUAUCAAACAGUGAAAAGUGUGUCACUAAUGAAUCCAGCAGGAGUUUUGAAGAUGAAGAUGCGAAUCCGGCAAACGUAGAAUUCUCUAAGCUUGGCGAAAGUGAAAUUAUUGCAGUUCAAUUUGAUACUCCAAAAUAUAGAGCUCUAAUGAUUGCUACAGCCUUCUUAUGUGGAUUCGGCUAUAGUUUAGACCACACACUUCGUUCCACCUAUACUGGUUACGCUACUAAUUCUUACGCUGAGCACUCUUUACUUUCCACCAUUCAAGUCAUCAAUGCUGUUGUGAGUGUCGGCUCUCAGGUUGUUUUUUCUAGGCUAUCAGAUUACUUUGGCAGGGUAGAGUUGUUUGUAGCAGCGACUAUUUUGUAUGUGAUAGGAACAAUUGUUCAGUCACAAGCAUACUCAGUGAGUAUCUAUGCAGCUGGCGCAGUCUUUUAUAACUCUGGUAAUGUAGGCGUCACUCUGGUGCUACUACUAAUACUGUCUGAUUUUUCCUCUUUAAAGUGGAGAAUUUUGUACCAAUACGUUCCAUACUGGCCCUUCAUCAUAAUACCAUGGAUUUCAGGUAAUAUUGUCACAGCAGCAAACCCUGAAAAGGAUUGGUCCUGGGACAUUGCUAUGUGGGCUUUCAUCUUUCCAUUAUCUGCCUUGCCAAUGAUCUGUCUUUUGGUCUAUAUGAUGUACAAAUCAUCGAAAACUCCUGAAUGGAAAGCUCUGAAAGAAAGGACACAUAUUAAAAAAAAUCAAGGUUUUCUCAAGAAUACAGUUUUUCUAUUUUGGGAACUUGAUUCAAUCGGCAUAAUACUAAUAACCGUUUCUCUCGGAUGUGUACUUGUUCCUUUGACGUUAGCAAACGGAGUAUCCCAAAAAUGGCAUAGCUCAAAAAUAAUCGGUACUUUAGUAUUUGGGGGUGUUUUAUUUUGUAUUUUUGUUUUUUGGGAAACGGCAUACGCUAAAAACCCUCUUUUACCAUUUAAAUUGUUGGGAGAUCGUGGGAUCUGGGCCCCUCUUGGUGUUGCCUUCUUCAACUAUUUCACCUUUUUCAUUGCGUGCGACUUCCUAUACCCAGUUUUACUUGUUUCUAUGAACGAAUCAUCAACAACGGCUACUAGAAUCCUGAACCUACCAGAUUUUGUAGGUGCCACUUUGUCCCCCUUCUAUGGUAUCUUAGUGGCAAAGGCAAGAAGAUUGAAAUUUUCUGUUGUUGGAGGUUGUGCUGCCUGGAUGAUAAGUAUGGGACUUUUUUAUCAAUACCGUGGGGGGUCCGAAUCUCACGGAGGAGCUAUCGCCGCAUCUGUUAUUAUGGGUAUGAGUGGUCUUCUAUGCAGCAAUUCUGUGAUAGUCUCAUUACAAGCCAUGACUACACAUGGCAGGAUGGCUGUGAUAACGAGUAUUUACUUUACUUUCUCGAAAGUCGGUGCAGCCGUCGGUGCGUCCGUUUCAGGCGCAGUGUGGACUCAAAUCAUGCCUAAUCAGUUACGCAAAGCAUUUUCUAACGAUACAUUAGCUGAUGCAGCAUACGAAUCACCUUAUACAUUCAUUUAUGAAUAUCCAUGGGGUUCACCUGAGAGAAUUGCUGUCGUCGAAGCGUACAGGUACGUCCAAAGAAUAAUGAUGACAAUCGGUUUGGUUUGUACAAUACCGUUUUUUGCUUUUACGCUGUUCAUGAGAGAUCCUGAAUUAAUAGACAAAUCAACACAUGAAGAAUUCACUGAAGACGGUUUGGCUCUCUCGAAGGAUGAACCAGGCAUUCUUCCUCAGCUCAAAGUGUUCUUCAGAGGUAACCGAGCUAAUCGAAAAGAAAAAUGCUAA